CGUGACCGUCCAAAUAAAACGCGACUCACUUCCCUUGUCCGCUGCUCUCUUCUCCUCCAUCUCCCAUAACCGAAGGCGAGAGAUUGAAGAAGCGCGUCGGAUCUGCUAUCCCGUUCCUUUCUUCCCGUAGGAGAUCAGCGCUCGAUCUAGGGCCCCCCGCCCUCGCGAUCCCAUGGCCUGCAUCAAGAGUGCCUCGCGGUCGGCGCUUGUCGCCUUCGCGCCCGACGCGCCCUACCUCGCCGCCGGCACCAUGGCGGGCGCCGUCGAUCUCUCCUUCAGCUCCACGGCCAAUCUCGAGAUCUUUAAGCUCGACUUCCAGUCUGACGCCCACGAUCUCCCCGUCGCCGGCUCCUGCCCCAGUGCCGAGCGCUUCAACCGCCUCUCUUGGGGGAACCCGCCGGGAUCCGCCUCCGAGGAGUACGCCCUCGGCCUCGUCGCCGGAGGCCUCAGUGAUGGCAGCAUCGGUAUCUGGAAUCCCCUCAAGAUGAUCAGUUCGGAUGAUCAAAAUACUGCGCUUGUUGCGAAGCUUGAGAAGCACGUGGGACCGGUUCGUGGUUUGGAGUUCAGCGUGCUCUCAUCGAAUCUACUUGCUUCUGGGGCUGAUGAAGGGGAGCUUUGCAUCUGGGAUCUGGCAAAGCCUUCAGAACCAAAUCAUUUUCCAUCUCUUAAGAGUGCUGGUUCUGGAGCACAAACUGAAGUUUCCUUUGUUUCAUGGAACCCGAAGUUUCAACAUAUAUUAUCAUCCACUUCUUACAAUGGGAUAACAGUUGUUUGGGAUCUACGGCAGCAGAAACCUGUUACAAGUUUCGCAGAUUCGAAUAGAAGGAGGUGUUCUAUCUUGCAAUGGAACCCUGAUGUUUCUACCCAGUUGAUUAUUGCUUCGGAUGAUGACAAUUCACCUGCUCUUAGAGUUUGGGAUGUAAGGAAAACAAUAUCGCCGGUAAGAGAGUUUGUGGGGCAUACAAAAGGUGUAAUUGCUAUGUCAUGGUGCCCCUACGACAGUUCAUUUUUGCUUACCUGUGCCAAAGAUAAUAGAACAAUUUGCUGGGAUACAAUUUCUGGGGAGGUAGUAUGUGAAUUGCCAGCCAGCACCAACUGGAACUUUGAUGUUCAUUGGUACCCCAAAAUUCCAGGAGUCAUAUCAGCAUCUUCCUUUGAUGUUAAAGUGGGAAUAUACAAUAUAGAGGCUUGCAGUAGGUAUGCUGCUGUAGGUGGUGAAUUUGGUACUCCCGUACGUUUGAGAGCUCCAAAGUGGUUAAAAUGUCCAACCGGUGUAUCAUUUGGUUUUGGUGGCAAGAUUGUAUCAUUUCGGCCUUGUCAAACAGCACUGGGAGUUCCACCAUCUUCUUCAGAGGUUUAUGUGCAUGAUUUAAUCACUGAGCAAAGUUUGGUGAGACGGUCCACUGAAUUUGAAGCUGCAAUACAAAAUGGGGAAAAAGCAUCACUUUGUGCUUUAUGUGAAAAGAAGUCACAUGAUUCUAUAUUGGAAGAUGACAAAGAAACAUGGGGCUUUUUGAAGAUUAUGUUUGAGGAAGAGGGAACAGCUAGGACUAAGUUGCUUUGCCAUCUCGGUUUCACUAUACCAGAUGAGAGUAGUGAUAAUACCUCUGAUAAUCUUGGAAAGCUAUUAGAUAAAACUCUUGAUCUUGAUAACAGUUCAUUGGUUGAAGGUGAAGCCAGUCUUUUUGCUAUUGACAACGGUGAAGAGUUCUUUAACAAACCUCAAAUUAGUGAGGAUAUUUUGACAGACGAAGAUAGUGUUGUUCCUAAUGGGAAAGAAGUUCACAAAGAACUUGAAGAACCUACAGGGACUAGUGAUCCUGCAGUUGAUGAUAGCAUUCAACGUGCUUUAGUUGUUGGAGACUACAAGGGAGCUGUUCUACAAUGCAUUGCUGCAAACAGAAUGGCAGAUGCAUUAGUUAUUGCACAUGCUGGUGGUCCCUCGUUAUGGGAAAGUGCACGCAAUCAAUAUCUUAAGAAUAGUCUCACACCUUAUUUAAAGGUUGUAUCUGCAAUGGUGAGUAAUGAUCUCAUUACCCUGGUUAAUACCAGACCCCUGAACUCAUGGAAAGAAACUCUUGCUCUUCUUUGCACAUUUGCACAGAAAGAGGAAUGGACUGUUCUGUGUGACAGUCUGGGUUCAAGACUUAUGACAGCAGGAAACACACUUGCUGCAACUUUCUGCUAUAUCUGCGCUGGAAAUAUUGACAGAACUGUGGAAAUUUGGUCACGCAGCCUGAAGCCUGAUAGUGAAGGAAGGACUUACAUUGAUCUUCUUCAGGAUUUAAUGGAGAAGACUAUAGUCCUCACCCUUGCAACUGGACAUAAGCGGUUUAGUGCUUCUUUGUCUAAACUUGUGGAGAAUUAUGCUGAAUUACUAGCUAAUCAAGGGCUUCUCACUACUGCAAUGGAGUAUUUAAAACUAUUAGGAUCGGAAGAACCUUCACAUGAACUUGCUAUCUUGAGAGAUCGAAUUGCUCUCUCUGCUGAAGAGAGGGAGGCACCGAAAGGUCUGUUUUAUGAAAAUACUUCAUCACAAGCUAAAUCUGAUUAUGGUGCAGAUCAUUCCAGCUAUGGUGCUGUAGACCAAUUGCAGAGCUUUUUUCAGGAUAAGAGUGUAUCCCAACCACAUCACAAUGUUGCUGGUGCUCCACAUGCUGAAAUCUAUCAGCAAUCUCCUGGUUCUGCUUAUGGAGGAUAUCAACAUGUGCAACAGAAGCCACAAUUCCCUGAUUUUAGCAACCCCAUGCCGUUUCAACCAGCACAGCCAGCUCAAAUGUUUAUCCCAUCACAGACGAGCCAGGUUCCACAGCAAAAUUUUGCUCCACCUGCUGCUGCAGCACAGCCAACAAUAAAACCCUUUGUUCCUGCAACCCCUGCAGCCCUUAGAAAUGUGGGACACUAUCAGCAACCUAUCUUGGGUUCUCAGCUAUAUCCGGGUCUUGCCAAUCCUGUCAAUCAACCUGGACCUCCAGUUCCUGCUUCACAUGGUGUUGGUACAUCUCAACCAGCAGCCGCCACUGGGCACAGAUUUGCACAACCUGCUGCACCUGGCUCUGCACCUGGCUCUGCACCAAGGGGUUUCGUGCCAGUUCCCAAUCCCAAUUUUGCUCUGAGGCCUGGUAUGAGUCCUGUACAACCUUCAAGCCCAACAAAAGCAUCACAAGUGCAGUCAGCGGCUGUUCCAUCAGCUCCUCCACCUACAGUACAAACAGUUGAUACAUCAAAUGUGCCUGCUGAAUUGAAGCCUGUUAUCACCACUUUGACCAGACUAUAUGAUGAGACAUCAGUAGCUCUUGGAGGAUCUCAUGCAAAUCCAUCUAAAAAGCGGGAAAUUGAGGAUAACUCAAGGAGAAUUGGAUCAUUGUUUGCAAAACUUAAUAGCGGGCACACAUCUCCUGAUGUUGCUACUAAGCUUGUUCAGCUUUGCCAGGCUUUGGAUGCUAGGGAUUUUGCUGGUGCAUUACACAUCCAGGUGGACAUGGCAAGAAGCUAUUGGAAUGAGUGCGAUGUCUGGGUUGCUUCAUUAAAGCGAAUGAUCAAGACAAGGCAGAGUGUCAGAUUAUAAGGGAGCUGAGGCAUUCCUUCUCUUGGUGUAGUCAGUGUAUAACUUUGGUUUUCCUGGUUUGUUAAACACUGUCACCUUUUUUUUUUGUAAUUAACAGCAUCAUUUGUAGAUCGACAACCUGUCACACAUGCUACUUAAGUGGAGCAGCAAUCCAGACCCCUCUUUCCAUAAAAGUCUGGAUAUUUUCAGAGAAUCAGGUUUCGGAAUUGGUCUCAAUAUUUGUUGUACGGUGACAUUUCAGCCAGGUUUGCAACGUCUUUCUUUGGUUCUUAAUAUUUUCUAUGAUGUAAGACUAGAAUGCGAGUAUUUUUGUUCAGCCUUCAUGAGUGAUUGGUGACAUUUUCUUCUUAGUUCAA